UUCAGACCAGUCCUGUCCCCCGUGGGCUCCCAGUUCCUCUUGCGCCAACACUGCUCUGCAUAUCCCACUUCUAUUUGGCACUUUUCAGACUUAAAACAUUUUUGACACACUUUGCCAGGAAGCUUUUGUCCCCACUUUUCUUUUUUUCUUUCUUUUUUUGAAGCGAACCACCCCAUCCUGCAUCAGUGUUUCCAUUUCACUUCCUCUCCCUCUGGAUUUGUUUCUGCAAAGUUUCUAAAACAAAGUUUGGAAGUGUGGAUUGUGGAGCUUUGAUUUUGUUUUUGUUUUUGAGAGGAAACAUCUCUGUUCCUGUGUGUGUGUGAGACAGAGAAAGAUGCCGCUGGUCGUGAUUGUGAACUGAAACAAAAGAGACUUGGGAGCGGAGCAUCCUCUCUUUUCUCUUUGUUGCAUCUUUGUUUUUUUCACAAGUCUCUGGGAUGUAAGAAGCCACUGACGCGUUUGUCCCACUUUUUUUUUGCCUCCACCCACAAAGGAAUUAUUAUAAUUUUUUCGAUUCAUAAGGAGAAAUCUUAUGUUGAACAUGCGGCUUGUUCUGGUUUUAUUCGGAUUAUUUCUACUCUCUUCUCCAUCUGCAAGAGCCGAGCCGGAGCUGCAGGAGGAGGUGGAGGAGGAGAGCUCCUGUCAGGGAGCUUUCGACCUCUAUUUUGUGCUUGACAAGUCAGGCAGUGUGAAGCAUCACUGGGAGGAAAUCUACUACUUUGUGGAAAAUUUAGCAGAGAAAUUCAAAAGUCCGAUGCUGAGGAUGUCCUUCAUAACAUUCUCCUCCAGAGGAACCACCAUCAUGAAACUGACAGAAAACAGGGUUGACAUCAGAAAGGGGCUGAACGCUCUGAAAAAGGAGAUUCCAGGUGGAGAUACGUUCAUGCACCUUGGAUUGCAGAGGGCAAAUGAGCAGAUACACCGAGAGAACUUUGGCACGGCCAGCGUGAUUAUUGCUCUGACAGAUGGUGAACUGCAGGAGCAUCAGCUCAUCACCGCACAGCAGGAGGCAGAGAGAGCCAGGUCUCUUGGAGCCAUCGUGUACUGUGUCGGCGUCAAAGACUUCAAUGAAACACAGCUGGCCACCAUUGCAGACACCAUCGAGCACGUGUUUCCUGUGCUGGGAGGCUUCCACGCCCUGCGGGGAGUCAUUGAUUCGAUCAUCAAGAAAUCCUGCAUUGAGAUUUUGGCAGCCGAGCCGUCGAGUGUGUGUGCGGGAGAGUCGUUCCAAGUGGUGGUGAGAGGAAACGGUUUUCUUCACGCCAGAAACAUCGACCAGGUGCUGUGCAGCUUCAAAAUCAACGACACCAUAACAAUAAAUGACAAACCUGCCGGAGUAGAAGACACGUUCUUGUUGUGUCCGGCUCCUGUCGUCGAUGAAGUUGGGAAGGUGAUUUAUCUCCAAGUGAGCAUGAAUGAUGGCCUGUCUUUCAUCAGCAGCAACGUGCACAUCACCACCACAGAGUGUUUCGAUGGCACCAUCCUCCUCAUCACGCUGCUGGUGCUGUUCCUGCUGCUCGCUCUGCUUUUCAUGUGGUGGUUCUGGCCUCUAUGCUGCACUGUGGUGAUCAAAGAACUACCUCCUCCACCUCCUCCUGAGCCCGAGUCAGAUGAUGAAGAUGGCCUGCCCAAGAAGAAGUGGCCCACUGUGGAUGCUUCUUAUUAUGGUGGAAGAGGAAUUGGAGGGAUCAAGAGAAUGGAGGUGCGUUGGGGAGGAAAGGGUUCAACCGAGGAGGGCGCGAAGCUGGAGAAGCCGAAGAACGCUGUGGUGAAAAUGCCCGAGCAGGAGUACGAACCCUUCGAGCCCAAACCGAAGAAAUCUCACAACAAGAAGGCUCCACAGAACCGGAAGUGGUACACGCCCAUCCGGGGUAAACUGGACGCUAUCUGGGCUCUGUUCCGCCGUGGCUACGACCAGGUUUCCCUGAUGAGACCUCAACCUGGGGAUCAUGGUCGUUGCAUCAACUUCACAAGAGUCAAGGACGAGUCAGCCGCAGCAGCCAAGGCUCAACCUCGCACCCCCAUCCACACGCCCGCGCCCCCGCCGCCGGACUACCUCCCCGUGACCCGCACCCCGUCCGCUUCUCCCACCUCCACUACCCCUCCCGCCCGGUCACCGCCAACAGGCCAGGCACUCCCGUGCCCGCCGCCGUCCCGCACACCCCCGGGGCUUCCCUGUCCACCGCCAUCGCGUCCCCCGCCCACCCUCCGACCUUGAAUCUCACACAGACACACACUCACACACACGCGCUUUUCUUCGCCGCCCCCUCCCCCCAAUCACACUCGCUUUGAUUCACAGACUCCCAAUUUGUGGGCUGUGGACUUCGCCGCCGAAGGUACUCCUGCUAUAAACCAAGGGGUUUGAAUCCUUGUCAUGCUGUGUCUUCUCUUCACGUAUGGGAGAGAAUGUCAAGUUAAACAGCGAGCUGGAUAUUUAGUCGUAUAUUAUUUAAACGUUACCGCCUACAAUCCGGCGAAUGAUGUUUGACAUAAGAGGAAGUGAAAUGUUACCAUAUUUAGAUUAGCUUAUUGUGUAUCACAGUGAUUGGUGAAGCUUAAAUCAGCGUCUAAAGAGCAUCGAGCUGUUUGACUUGUCGUUCUAUCCCAUAGACAGUGAAUGGGGUGAGCUGGAGAAAUACUGUUAGUUUGUGUUGGGACGAUUGUUGCUGGACAGCAAAGCAUGAUGGGACAGGAAGUCCAAUGGAUGCAAUGGAUGAAAUUUUUUCGUUGUUUUUAAAAAUCAACUACUGAGUUGUGCCAUUGUCAUUGAGAAUCAAGGUGAAAAGUAGGUUGUAAGUGGAAAACUAAGGGUCCGUACUAAGGAGAACGAGAUUAAAGUUUUGUAUCGUAAAACUGCGUUUUGGGAGCCCUACAACAAUUUUUUUUGGAAAACCCCAUCCCUGCGUUUUCAUGUGUACAAUUAACACAACUUUAGGAAAUACUCCAAUUCUUCUUUUUAGUGUUUGGUGUAUUCCCGUGGCAGCAUUACAGCGCCACAUACAGGCCUGGCAUCAAUACCGCAUUUAGAGUUGUUUUUUUGGGGGGGGAUCCAUAUGUAUGAAGACAUGUUUUCUGUGUUUACAGAACGAAAAAGAAAAAGAUUGUAUUAGGAAAGUUUGUGAAUUAGCCCUAAAUAAACUUUGACUAAUUGAGGCUCUGAGGUUUUGGGAAUUUGGGGGAUUUUUAAAGUCAUUUCAAUCAGUCGUGUUGUUAACGGUCUCAAAUACUAAAGAGACAAUUAUUUCCUCUUCACGUUAUUGUUUUGCUUCUUUUAUCCAACAACAAUGUAAACCCAACAGAUCUGUUGGACCCAACAGAUCCAACAGAUCCCAGCCCUUUUCACAAGAAAUAAUACAGUGAUAGUGACAGGGAAGUGUACAGAUGUAACAUGGAUGGUAUGGUUUUUUUACAGUAUAUGUUUGAGUUCUUUGGAAUGCUACUUUGAGGCUUUGGAUUUUGUCUUUACUCACCUUCUCAUGUAGUUGAAUUUGGAUUACAGGAUUAUAUAUGUAUAUUUUUUUUGUUUUGUUUUGUUUUUUUUGUUUUGUAUCUGCGCACAUAGACUGCUGGGCAACUACAGUAUGUAUUUUUUUCUUAGCAUCAUAAUGAAACUUAAGAAAUCAGGCAAUCAGGUUGGCAUCUCUCCUUACUUUUAUUUUUUUGUUUGUUUUACUUUUAAGUACGAUUAUGUGUGUUUUAGUUUAUCAUCACCGGUCACAUUGCAGGUCACAUUGCAACUGCAGGGCAGUUCAAAGAGCAUCUAAUUUAUUUUACUCCCUGAGAGAAAUAGAGGAGAGUACUUGAAUAUCGACAAGGUGUCCAACCGCCAAGACGGACACUGUGCGCAGAAUUUAGAAACACAACAGCUAGCCAGCUAAUAGUCGUAUACGACGUAUACCAGCAUUUUUUAACUCACCAGCUACUCUGAAACAAUAUUUUCUUAAUUUGAACUUGAUAUUUAAUGGUUUUAAAAUGAAAUUGUAUGAAUUGGGGGGAGCAUUAUGUUCCUUUUUUAGCAGGUGUAAAGAUGCUAGCUGUGGCUACAGGCCAAAAGUAAAGCAAGAUUAGCAUUUUGACUUCAGGGUUUAGAAAAUAAGUUGAAAAAUGUUGGUAUUUCAUCUCCGUCCAGUGCCUUCUGGAGUUUUCUUACUUUAUGGGGGUUUUUUUAUACUAUAAAUUUUAAUGUACGUCAUUCAGUUAUGUCGUGAACCGUUGUGUGUACCACAUUCAUUUGUAAAAUCAACGUCUUAAAUGCAGUUGCACUGCUGGGUAAAGGUAACACUCAGUGUGUAAAUUGCUUUACAAAUGUGUAUGUAACCACCAUUUUUCACUGAAAAUGCCUUUUAAUCACAUUUUAUGUCUUUUGGUCAGCUUUUAGUGACCAGGUACUACUUUCACAAUUGUGAACCAUUGUUCCUAUAAGAUAAUUGUGUAUGUCUGACCAUGUCUAAUCAUCAAAUCUGACUUAUUUCCAAAAGUAUUCAUUAAAAGUGUUGGAAGUUAUAUGUAUUUCUGUAAGAUCUCAUGUAUCUGGGAAACUAACAACUGUGUCAUUGGGAAUUUACAGCACUAGAAGAUAACUGGCUUCUCAGAGAGCAAAAUGAGAGUUAAUAAAACAUUAUUGUUUGUCAUUAAAGUGGUAAAACUUAAUUGUGCCUUUGGUUUUACCAAAUCCAACAGCCAGAAACAAAAUUAAGUUGUGUUACAUUGCAUUUUGCUGCAGAAUCAAACUGAAAAAAAGCAGGUCUCAUCAUCUCAAAGUCAUUUGUAACGCAUUUGUCUCAGCAGUGCAUCUUUUCUAAUCGAAUUCAAUUGCAGCGUAAAUUCACAAUAGGUACACAUUUAUCCCUCAAAAUGGACGUUUUACAUCACCAUCCAAUCUGAGAUGCAUUAUGUUAACCAGUGUAUAAACAGCCGUACUGAAGCAACUAUGAGAGACGUAUAUGAUUUUUCUGUACUGAUGACAUGACUCUUUUUAAAAAAGCAAAAAAACCAAACAGUAUCAAUAAAGGUUGAUUUCCAAGCUUCUA